AUGAGCUGCACAAGUAUUCGGAUAUUUAGUUUUUUAAAAUCAAGAAGUUUGAAAUAUUCAACUGUAGCUGUUCAAGAUCCCACCAAAACUGUAGAAUUAUCAGAAUACACACCGGACAAAAUACGCAAUUUCGGGUGAAUUUUUGUCAAGUUUGAAAUGUAAAAUAGGUCAUUUUUUUCAGAAUCGUUGCUCACGUCGAUCAUGGAAAAUCAACACUAGCCGAUAGAUUAUUAGAAUUAUGCGGUGCUGUUCCGCCAGGUCAAAAACAAAUGUUGGAUAAAUUGCAAGUCGAAAGAGAACGAGGAAUCACUGUGAAAGCACAAACUGCAGCAUUGCGGCAUAAUGGAUAUCUCAUUAAUUUAAUCGAUACUCCAGGACAUGUUGAUUUCUCAGCAGAGGUUUCAAGAUCUCUAGCAGUUUGUGAUGGAAUAAUUCUAAUGGUCGCUGCAAAUCAAGGUGUUCAAGCUCAAACAAUCGCAAAUUUUUGGUUAGCAUUUGAGAAGAAUAUUCAAAUGAUCCCUGUUAUCAAUAAAAUCGAUCUUCCUGGCGCAAACAUCAAAUCCGUCGAAAUCCAACUCAAAAAUCUAUUCGAAUUCAAUGCCGAAGAAUGUUUGCAUAUUUCAGCGAAAAGCGGGUUAAAUGUUGAUAAAGUUCUUCAAUCAAUUAUUGAUCGAGUUCCUCCGCCAAAUGCUAAAAUUGAUGCGCCAUUUCGAGCAAUGAUAUUUGAUUCGUAUUUUGAUCAUUUUCGUGGAGCGAUUGCUUAUAUUUUGGUGAAAGAGGGAAGCAUUAAAAAAGGAGAUAAAAUAAGAUCAUAUCAAAAUGAUAAAUCAUAUGAUGUUUCGGAGGUAAUUUUCCCAAAGUUGCUAAAGUUUCCUCAUAAAUUAUCCAUUUUUAGGUAGGAAUAAUGCGACCUGAAAUGGUAAAAUGCACAGAACUUCGAGCUGGUCAAGUCGGUUAUAUUGUUUGUAACAUGCGAACAGUUCAAGAAGCUGUAGUUGGUGAAACUUUAUUCGCCUCAGAAACACCAAGGGAAACCGUUGAAACCUUUGCGGAGAUCAAAAAUGUUCAACCAACUGUUUAUGCGGGCCUGUUCCCUGUUGAAAAUGCGGAUUAUGAGACUUUAAAGCAAGCUGUUGAGCGACUUUGUUUGAAUGAUCCAUCAGUGACAGUUCAACCGGAUUCGAGUAAAGCAUUGGGACUUGGAUGGAGGGUACUUGAAAACUUUUAAAAUAUUUUUUUUUGAGUCUCAAAAUUUCAGAUCGGAUUUCUCGGCGUCCUUCACAUGGAAGUUUUCGGCGCGCGUCUUUCUCAAGAAUACGAUGCAAGUGUGAUUCUUUGUCAGCCAAGUGUUGAAUAUCGAGCAAUUAUUAAAGAUAAUGAAACUAUCCGGAAAAAACGAUAUGAUGGACAAUCUGAAAUUCGAAUUCUUGAUCCGAGUAAAUUUCCGGAAGAAAGUGAUGUUGAAACUUUUUUGGAGCCUAUGGUUAAGGUGAAUUUUGGGAAUUGGGAGAGAUUGGAAAAUUUAAAAACUCAGAGAAGGUCUGGCUGGAACGGCGCGGUUCGCGAAACCCAAAAAUCUGCCAAUCCGCGGCUGACACAAGAACUUUAGCGAAACGUCCGCGAAAUUAUACUCCGCUGUUAGCGAAACGUCCGCGCAACGCACUCUCGAAAUAUAAAAAUGCUUCACUACCCCUGAUAAUUAUCAGAAGUUAGUAUUGACUUGUAGUUCCAACCCGGCCUCGAUCCCAAUCCUGUCGUUUUGUAGUCAUCCAUCUUCCUCGCUGCGCCAUCCUCGUUGUCGCGUACGCGAUACAAUUUAUCCUUUUUAUACCCUCCCUCUCGAGUUCAUCCGCGGAUCCGCGAAAAACGCAAAAAAUCAAAUUUCCAAGUCAAAAAAUUUCGCGGAAUGCGCGAAAUUCGACUCUCAUUGGCUGAAGUUUCGCUGUCCGCGAAAUUUUUUUCGCGGAAUCCGCGUAAUGAUUUUCACCCAAAAAUCGGUGAAAAAUCGUCCGCGGACCGCGCCGUUCAAGCCAUACUUUCUCUGAGAAGAUUUCAGGAAAAAAUUGAGAUUUUUGGACAAGGGAUAUUUAAAAAAAAAAUUAAAAAUUAAGCUCUAAAAAGUUCAAAUUUUUUAUUUAGCUCGAAAAAUUCAAAUGUUGGGCUUGAAAUUUAGACUGAAAAUUCUGAAAUUCGAAUCAAAAUUUCUCCGUGUAAUGUCACAUUUUUUUCAAGAUUUCAAAAUUUUGUCAUGCCAAAGGUCGCUGUAAAAGUUGAAGCCUAAAAAUCUUAAAUUUUGGCUUUAAAAAUGGAGCUAAAUAAUCAUCCGAAAAUUUUUAAAAAAACUUUGCCACGUCAUAAGUCAUCAGAGUUAAACUAAGCAUUUAUUGACAACAGGAUCAUCAUGAUCAGCAUGUCAAAAAUCACUAAAAAAAUUAUUAUUUUCAAAAAAACCUUCAGUUAAAACCUCUCAAAAUCUCAUAUUCUAGGUUCGAAUGAUUGUUCCAAACGAAAUGAUGGGAACUGUCAAUGGUCUUUGCUCAGAAUGUCGCGGCGAACGUGGAGAAAUCACAUCAAUCGAUGAAACUCGUCUCAUGAUUAUGUGGCGAUUACCAUUGGCUGAAAUUGCUGUCGACUUUUUUGAGCGCUUGAAAAAAUUGACAUCUGGUUAUGCUUCUUUUGAUUAUGAACCUGAUGGAUUUAUGGAGACGAGAUUGAUCAAAUUGGCUAUUUAUAUUAAUGGGAAAGAGGUUGGUGAGAGGGUUUGGGGGUUUCUUUAAAAGUCUUUUUUUUUUGAUUAUUUUUGAAAAAUCAAGAUUCAAAUUUUGAAUUUCUGGAUUUUCAGAAAAAACUCUUUUUUAUUCUGAAAUUUUUUUAGAAGAACUAAAAUUCAAAUUCACGACUUAAAAAUAGGCUCCAUAUUUUUAUAAUUUUUUGCCACGUCAUAGCUGGAUAUUUUUCUGAUGGAUUGAAUUCUGAAAUUUAGUUUUCCUGAUUCGAAAAUUUUUGUUCAACUUAAAUUUUGGAAAAUUCAGAAAUGUCAGAUUCAAAAAGUUGAGGAGGUUGGUUUUCUAAAGUUUUUCCAAAAUCCUGAAAUCUACAAAAAUAUCUAGGCUUCUCGAAUUUCGACCGAAAAUAGGUUUUUGCCAUGUCAUAGCUCAAUUUUUUCCAGGUCAGCGAAUUCUCACAAAUCCUUCCAGUAGCAAUGGCACGAGAUCGCGCAAAAACUCUUGUCCAACGACUGAAACGCGAAAUUCCACGCCAACAAUUUGAAGUUGUAAUUAAAGGUAACCAAUUAAUUAAUUAAUUGCUAAUUAAAUAUUUCAGCAUGCAUCGGAACUUCAACAAAAGCCAUAUCACAAAUCACAAUUCAACCAAUGAAACGGGACUUUUCACAAUUGCUCAAAGGAAAUUUCGGGGGAGGAGGUAAUUAAUUUGCUCGCUAAUUAGUGAAAUACUUAAUUAAUGAGCAAUUUCUAGGCAUGGAAAGAUUGAACAAAAAAUUGAGUCAUCAAAAGAAGGGAAAAGAACGGAUGAAAAUGUUGGGAAAUGUUCAAAUUCCAAAGGAAGCGUUUUUGAAUGUGCUCAGAAAUUAA